AUGGAAAAUCAGGAGCAUCCUUUCGUUUUCGAGGACGGCGACGUGCGAGCCAAAGCCAAACAUGAUGAACGAAUAAUCACUUUCAAAUUGUCCUCUCAUGCGCUUUGCUUCGCCAGCCCAGUUUGGAAGAAGUUCGUGUUUCCUCCAUUCCCUCUUCUAUCCUCACUUGGAAAUGAAGAAGAGCCAAAUUCGAAGAAAGCCCGCGCAGUUCCCGAAGAGCCAUUUCCCGACAUCGAGUUGGAUUUCACAGAAGACAAUCCAGAAGCUUUGUUAAUUCUUCUGCAGAUUGCGCAUCUGAAAUUCUCUAAGAUUCCCUCGCAAUUACCGUACGAAGUUCUAUACAAUGUUGCCGUUAUCUGCGAUCAGUACGACUGUAGAAGUCUGGUUAAACCAUGGAUUCAGGGUUGGUUGAAAGAUGAGGCAAAUGAGGCGUAUCUACCACACCGAGAAGGAUGGUUGUGGAUUGCCUAUUACUUUGGGAGAAAAGAAGAACUCUACCACAUGAUGAAAAUGCUGGCACUGCGACUAUCCGUUGGCAAAGAUGGGGGAUGUAUGCUGCUUGAUCCGUCAUUAUACCGCGAAAAUCGCACCCUCAAAACUAAACGCUACCCGUUGGGUCUGGAAAGGAGUCCAUUACCUCUGGAAAUCACGGAUGCAAUCAUUCGCUUGCGCAAAGAUAUGAUUUACAACCUGAUGUUAAGAUUUACGGCAAAUAUCAUGAAAUGCCUCUUGGACCCCAAUAUGGACAGCCCAUGCAAAGAGCUAUGCCCAUUGGCAAUGUACGGGCUCAUGAGCAAAUGUCUGAGCGAGCGCAAUCUGUGGCCUCUACCGAGAAAAGAAAGUUACGAUUCGACUCCAUUCCAAUUGUAUAAAACAGUGGUUCGCGCUCUGAAUUUGAGCUUCGUUGCCCAUAAACCCGUAGCAAACCUAUGCAUUGGCCGCUGUCGCUUUACGGAUCAAUUUAAGCAGCGACUCCUGAUUCGAUUCAAAAAUGAAAUACGCAAUUGCGAUGUUCAUUGGAAUGAAGGAGGAACUGACGGAGAGAGAUUUCAGAAAUUUAUGGAUCACGCGGUCAAAGAGGUUGGCAACUUUGACUGUCCCAGUGAAGCGCUACCAGGAGGGGCUCUGGAUAUACAUAGCAAGGAAAUAUUGGAGCUGUGCCCGAUGAAAUCAUCUAAAUGA